GGCAGCGGCAGCUCCGCGGGGCCGGGGAUGGUGACGGUGCCGCGGGCAGCGCCGUGACUCGCUGCGGGGCGGCGAGCGGGGCCGGCCGCCGGCGGGGGCGCGGGCCGCCCUGCCUGGAUGCGGUGCCCGCGGGGGAGCCCACCCGCGUCCGUGCGGUGACGGGAACCGGGCUCCCUCUCCCUGCCGCCGAGGAGCCCCCGGGGCCCGCGGUUCGCGUCCCCGGCGCUGCGGGAUCGCCCCCCGGCGAGGGGCGGGCGCCCGGUUCCCUUUGUCCGCGCCGCCGGGGGCCGCCGCCGCCGGCCGGCCGGCCGGCCCGGAGAUGGGCAGCGAGGCGCUGCGGCUGUUCCGGCAGCUGAACCUCCACCUGGAGCUGGAGGGCCGCUUCCAGCCCCGCGAGAGGGGGCUCAGCCUCAUCGAGUGCGCGGCCGAGAAUGAAAACGCUCUGUGCCCGAGACAAAGGAAUGCCAAGGUGGAAGAUCUCUGGAGUCUGACCAACUUCUUUGGCUUUGCAACUGAAACGUUUGUUUUGGCUGUUAACAUCCUGGACAGAUUCCUGGCUCUCAUGAAGGUGAAACCGAAGCAUUUGUCUUGCAUUGGAGUUUGUUGUUUUCAACUGGCUGCCCAAGUGGUUGAAGAAGAAUGCAAUAUUCCAUCUGCUCAUGAGAUUAUCCGGAUCAGCCAAUGUAAAUGCACUGUGUCCGACCUGAAACGGAUGGAAAAGAUAAUUUCAGAAAAGUUGCACUUUGAAUUUAAAGCUACUACUGCCUUAACCUUCUUGCACUUGUACCAUACUAUUGUACUCUGUCAUACCUCAGAAAGGAAAGAAGUAUUGAAUCUUGACAAAUUGGAAGCACAGCUAAAAGCUUGCAACUGUCGUCUUGUCUUUUCUAAAGCAAAACCUUCUGUCUUGGCCUUGUGCCUUCUCACUCUUGAAGUUCAAUCUUUGAAAUCUGUUGAGCUGUUUGAGAUACUUCUGCGUGUUCAAAAGCACUCAAAGAUAAGUGAUUGUGAUCUCCUUUACUGGAGGGAACUGGUCUCAAAAUGCCUGGCAGACUAUUCUUCUCCUGAAUGUUGCAAACCUGAUCAUAAAAAGCUAGUUUGGAUUGUUUCAAGGCGUACAGCCCAGAAUCUACAGAACAGUUACUACAGUGUUCCUGAGCUGCCAACAAUACCAGAGGGUGGCUGUUUCAAUGAAAGCGAAAGUGAAGACUCCUGUGAAGAUAUGAGCAGUGGAGAAGAAAGCCUUAGCAGUUCUCCUCCUAGCGAUCUGGAAGGCUCCUUCUUCUUUGAACUCAAGCCUAAAACAAAGUGGCAAACUCUUAAUUCUCAGUCUUUGCAUUAAGUCUUGAUAAUAGUAGGUUAAGAUUUUUAAUGCACCCUAGUCUUUUGGCAAUAAUAAAUGGGAUUGUGGUAUUCUGUAAACUGUAUUAAGGCAAGAGUUGCUGUGAUACUACAAUGCUUUGAAUGCCUGCCUUGUGGUUUGUGUUCUAAUUUUAAAGGAAAAACUUCCAUCCAGGUCUCAUUUCAGCAAAAAAAAAAAGUUGAUGUCUAGUUUUGUUGUCUUUGGGGAUAAAUGCAGUCCUGUACCUGGUGUUCCUUGGUGCUUAACAGCUAACAUAAGCAGCAGAGUGUCACGGCAGCAGUGAAAGCUGAUGGCUUACUGGGCUGCUUGAACAGGUGAACAAGAUUGAGGGAGGUAGGGUUUUUUCUUUCCUUGACAUUCAUUCUUGCCUGGAACACUGUCCAGUUUUCGGUCCAAGAUAUUGGUCACCUGUUCCAAUCUGCCAUGGAGCUGCCAGGAGGCUCAAGGAAUUUGAGGCACAGGGCCUGUGAGGAGAGGUUGAGGGAAGUGUGGGCUUAAUGCAGCUUGACAAAGAGGGCAUGUGGUGGGUUUGAGCAGCAGCCUUCUAGUAUGUAAAAGAGGGUUGCUGAGAAGAUCAUUUUAGGGUUUUUGACUGAGAUGCACAGAGCAAGAAUGAGCAGUGCCAUGUAUAAAUUGUAAUAGGAGGCUUUCAGUUAAAGCUAUGGAAGACUUGUUCCAUGGGUACAGUCAAGCAUGGAAUGGACUAAGAAGAGCUGUGUAGUCUUUGUCUUGGGUGGUUUUCAGGGUUUGAUGUGACAAAACCUUGAGCGGCAAGAUGGAAAUUCAGUAUUGGUGCUCCUUUGAGCAGGAGAUCAGCACAGAGCCCUCCUGUGAGUGUCCCUCCAGUCUUCAAGGUUUUGAGGUGAAAUCAAAUCUGCUGAGUGGAGUUACUGCAUAUAUAGUACCAUGAUGAUUCACAGUCAAAUGGGCUUUUUGAAUACUGAAACUGCUUUAACGCUUCAUGUGCUGUGCUCCUUUUCAGCGGGUUGUUGUGUAUUUCAAGUGUUUCUUAUUUAAGGCUUGGUUUUUCAUAAACUUUAGGAACCCCUGUUCUGAAUUGAGCGUGCGUGGUAGGAGUGGAAGGUUCUAGUCAAUACGAGCUUUUACUAAAAGUGAUAGUGUGACAGGGCUUACUUUUCAUGUUUUCUUUAAUACAAAUUAGCUUAUGCUGAAACCCAUGGUGUGUUUAGACUUAGUGUUAACACGUCAGUCCAUGCUAUUAGCUUAGACUUACUGACACGGUAAAUCUUUGUCUACAUUCCUUUUAAUAUUUAACCCUUGUAGUUUAUUUCAGUAUAUUCAUGUUAUUGAUUGAGUCAUAAUCAGACUUGUUUGCAUGCUUAUGUAAAGCAGUUAGUGCAGGAAAAGUUGAUAUUAUGCAGUAAUAUCAGGUAAAUGUGAUGUUGAUGAAGUAGUUAAUGUAAUGGGUUUUUUGAACUUAUCAAAGCACACAAGCUGAAGUGUGAUUGCAUUUCUCUGUACUGAGAAUAUGGCUAGGUAGUAAGCGGAUGAAUUAACUCAGAAUAAUGGUGUGAAGUGUGGUGGUGCCAAAGUAGAAAUGAAGGAGCAAACUAAAGGCUGUUUUGUAGACGUGAGAGUUGUUUUAGGAUACGAGCGGCGCCGUAAGUUUGUAACUGUUACAUGAUUUCAGUUUUAUAAAAAUGCAAAAAGUUUACAAAAAAAAAUGUAAAUAAAAAUGUAAAUUUAAAAAAUGUACAGAAAAAAAAUUUAAAACAAAAAAAUGAGCAGAAAAUACUGUAUUUUUUUACCUUGUAUGUAACUUUUUGUAGGUAUGUUGCAUGUAGAUAUUAAUUUAUUGUGUACUCUGUAUGAUACAAAUACUGUACACUCAAACUUCUUACUGCAAGUCUGUACCUGGAAGCUCACUUCUGAAAUAGAGUACCUUGACUAUGUGUAAUAAACCUACUGGGUCUUGUUUCACUUCAGAAUGAAAAUAAAUUGCUGUAUUUGUUAA